AACACUACAUUAUUGCAAACAAACAUACCUCAACCAUGGCCAACCUCACCCACACCCUAACAUUAAUCCUCUUCUUGAAUUUUGGAUCAUUUCUUACAUCCUUUGCUUGCCCUUAUUGCCCUUUCCCAACCCCUCCUACUAAACCCCCAAAACUCCCCCCAAAACAUCCCCCCAAGCUCAAACCACCCACCCCGCCCGUCGUCAAACCUAUGCCACCCGUUGUCACACCCCCUAUCGUGCACCCCCCGAUCAUCCCCAAGCCUCCUAUCAUCAUACAUCCCCCAAUCAUCUAUCCUCCCGUCAUCCCUACCCCUCCUGUCAUUGUUCACCCUCCGGUUAUCAUACACCCCCCGGUCAUCCCUAAUCCCCCCAUUAUCAUACACCCCCCGGGGGUCACCCCUACACCGGGGACACCAGAGACACCAUGCCCACCACCACCACCACCAAAGGCCCCGACAUGUCCGAUUGAUGCCCUAAAACUAGAAGGGUGUGUGGAUGUAUUAGGUGGGCUAAUCCACAUUGGGAUCGGGGAAAACCCGAAGGAAAAAUGCUGCCCGUUGCUACAAGGGUUGGCGGACUUGGACGCGGCGGUGUGCCUUUGCACCACCAUCAAGGCUAAGGUUCUCAACAUCAACAUCCUCAUCCCCAUUGCUCUACAAGUUCUUGUGGAUUGUGGCAAGCACCCUCCCUCUGGAUUCCAAUGCCCUCCAUGAUUUCAUCAUACAAGAUUAUAUUAUAAUUAGUUGUUUUAUUUGUCUUUUUGUUACAUGGGGUGGGUUUUUUUUUGGGGGAUCUUUAAUUCUUGUUCUUGUAAUAAAUUUGAUAUGAUAUUACAAUGUUGAAUCGAAGAUGUGUACUUUUUGAUA